AUGACUACGGAGAAAGCUCGCAUCAAGAACACGUUUGACCUCAGCCGUGAGAUUCAUAAGACGGAACUCCAGAAUGUCAAGCGCCCGCCUGAACCCGCACAUCGCUUCGAGGUGACACUCGAACCGGCAGCCUUCACGCCCGAGAAGUAUGAGUUGUUCAAGGACUAUCAGCAAAACGUACACAAAGAGAAACCUCAUGAGAUUUCUCAGUCUGGGUUCAAGCGUUUCUUAUGUGACUCGCCGCUGAAGCAGACGUCUAGAACGGUCGAGGGGAAAGAGCAGCUCCUAGGAUCAUAUCACCAAUGCUACCGGCUCGAUGGACGACUCAUUGCGAUGGGCAUCCUCGAUCUGCUACCUCAUUGCGUUAGCGGUGUCUAUAUGCUCUAUCAUUCCGAUUUCGAGCAAUGGCAGUUUGGAAAAUUGAGUGCGCUACGAGAAGCAGCAUUGGCGCUCGAGGGUGGUUACCAGUACUACUAUAUGGGAUAUUACAUCCACUCCUGCGUCAAGAUGAAGUACAAGGGUGACUACAAAACUCAGCAUGUUUUAGAUCCCGAGACGUACGAGUGGCAUCCGCUGGAUGGUGAGUUACGCGCUCUGCUAGACAAGAAGUCUUAUGUCUCCAUGUCUCGAGAGCGUCGUAGGAAAGAGCAAAAGAGUGAUGAAGAGACGAGUGCCGCAGCAGAGCAGGAUGACUACUCCGACUAUCCUCUACCAACAGCUGCCGAAGGUGGCAAGGCCAUUUCCGACGGCAUGUCAUUGUUCGAUUUAAAGGUACCAGGGCUCAUGACAGCUGAAGAUAUCGAGCAGCAACUUGACCUGGCUACUAUGCCCAUUCGGGUUCGUGGGCAAAUGGCGGAAGCUCAGGUACGCGAGCAGUUCAUACGAUGA